CUGUCAUAGUCGUGUACAGUAAGAUGACGUCUCGCUGUGUCACAUGAUCCGCCACUUACAGUAAGAACCCAAUAUGGCAGCAACAGCAGGAGCUCCUGCACUGUAACUACAGCAACAUUUCCACAAAUACGAGCACAGGAGACGCCGAUCAGCCUAACUACCGGCAUGAGGGAGAAACAGAGGAAAAAGAAGGGCAGGACCUGGGCUGAGGCAGCCAAAACGGUACUAGAAAAGUAUCCCAACACACCUAUGAGCCACAAAGAAAUUCUUCAGGUAAUUCAACGAGAGGGCCUUAAGGAAAUCAGUGGGACUUCUCCUUUGGCUUGUUUAAACGCAAUGCUACAUACCAACUCCAGAGGAGAAGAAGGAAUUUUCUACAAAGUGCCAGGUCGUAUGGGAGUCUACACUUUGAAGAAGGACAACUCAGGAAACGAAAAGGUUCUUUGUGAAGAGGAUUCUGAAGAUAGCAGAGACAGACAUUCAAAUAAUCAAAUUACAAAGAAAAAUAGCAAUAAAGAUAGCAAGAAGAGCAAGUGGAAGAGGAAAGUACCCUCCAAACUUCAGUCUCAGCCUCCUUCACCACAGUCCAGAUGCCCAUCACCCUCUGUCCCAGCAAGUAAAGUAAUUUCCCCAUCACAGAAACACAGCAAAAAAGCACUUAAACAGGCCUUGAAGCAGCAGCAACAGAAGAACCAGAAGAACCGCAGACAGGGAGGAAUGCCAGCUUCAUCGAACUCCCGGCUCAUUUUGAAGGCAGUUAAAGACAUGGGAGACAAGACUGCUUCUAAACCUAAACCAAUAAAACGUGCAAAAUGUGCAGAGAUUGAUGUGGAAACACCAGACUCCAUCCUAGUAAACACCAACCUGCGGGCCUUGAUCAACAAGCACAACUUCUCUAUAUUGUCACCAGAGUGCCAACAGCAUCUUCUUAAACUUUUGCCAGAAGUGGACCAACAGGCAAGUGGUGAUGGUGUUCUGAAGCUAAACAGCUCUGCUCUCAAUAAUGAAUUCUUUACCUCUGCAGCACAGUCCUGGAAAGAGCGGCUUGCCGAGGGUGAAUUUACACCAGAGAUGCGCCUACGGUUACGACAAGAAAUUGAAAAAGAAAAGAAGAUGGAACAAUGGAAGGAGCAAUUCUUUGAGUCCUAUUUUGGUGAAAACUCUGGUCUGAGCCUUGAUGAAUCAAUAAAAUUGACUAGAGAACUUGAAAGCCCAGAGGAUACCACAGCUCCGACAGUGGUUUCUGAAAAGGAAAGUAUAAGAAAGACGGAGGCAAAAAUUGAGUCUGUAGAAGAUCCCAAGGUCAAAGCAAACAACGUGAAUAUCACAGAAUUUAAGAAGGAGGAGAAAACAACUUUCCCUGAAACAGCAGAAAUCUUGAAAUCUGCCACAACAAAUAAUGAAUGUAAUGAUGCAAAGUCUGUAUCUACUCCAGAAGACCAUGAAAAGAAGCUAGAACCUCCUGGAGAGACCCUCAUCUCUAACAACACACCUGUAGUGGAUACUUUAGAAGAGCCAGUUAAAAACAAUGACGCUGAGAAUGAAAGCAAAGAUGAUAAGACGUUUCAGGAUGUGGUACAGCACCCAGAAGAGAAACUGGAAGACAGGAGCCUUGCACAAAGCCAAGAGACUGAACAAAUGGAAGUUCCUCAGGAUAGACUCAAGCGAAAAAGCCCCAGAGUGGAAGAAGAUUCUGAAUCAAGCCCAGAGAAAGUGCCUAGAGUCAUGGAGCCACAACCACUUCAGACCCCUCAUAUAAGUUUUCAGGACAAGGAGCAGCCUUCAGAGCAGAGGGUGCCACCCCUUAAAAUUUCAGUCUCAAGGAUUUUUCCCACUGCAGCCCCUGGUUGUCAGGUCUCUCCCAGGGCUCAGUUUCAUGCCCACACCAUCAGUCCUGGUCGAACAGGGGCACGAACUCUGGCCGACAUCAAGGCUAAAGCACAGCUUGCCAAAGCUCAGCGAGCAGCUGCGGCUGCCGCGGCGGCAGCAGCUGCCAAAGCUUCAGCUGCAGGAGGUGCUGUUCCAGGACCAGGACCAGGGGGAGGUGGGUCAGAAAAUGACAGAGUCUGUCAGUCUGGAACCAAAAAAGAAGUUGCCAUGGAACUGGGUGGGUCUGGAGGAAGGGGAGAUACGAGAGGAGUUUUAUUUUCCAGCCCAGAAUCAACAAACAAAGAGUUGUCUGUCACAGAAAAUCAAUUCAGAACACAAUUACAGCAAGUCUCCAUAUCUGGAUCCAACAUGGUCCUGCAAUCUCCAAAAAAUACAACUGUCAUCAAAUCUGAAGUAGGAAGACCCAGCAAAGAAGCUCAAGAGAAGACAUUAUUGACAUCUUUAAAACAAACACCUUCAGAAAAAGAGAUGUCUGCCUUGCCCGAAUCUACAAGUUCAAAUUGUAAUCAUCUAAAAGAGCAAACAAAGGAGUUGUUUGACAAAUCAGACACAUUAAGAACGCAUACACAAAUUAGGACAGUUGGCCAGAGAACUGAUAUCCAUACAAAUGAAGUGCCACCUAACACUGACAUAGCCAUUGGCACGAUUAAGGCAUCUCCAUUUGGGUGCCAGUCAUUGUCUACCCAUAUCACAAUGGAGAAAACUAAGAAUGAUGUUUCCAUAACAGAUAAAUUGAAAUGUUCUCCUCAGGCUGAUAACCCUGUUCCAACAGGCCCCUCUCCUAUUAUAUCAAAACAAAUGACCUCAGUAGUGAACUCAUCUCAUACUGCACAUUUUGUUAAAGCAAGCUCCUCUAUUCCAGCUAACAACCCAUUGGUCACAAAGCUCCUUCAAGGAAAAGAAGUUCCACUUGAGCAGAUCCUUCCCAAGCCCUUGACCAAAAUAAAUAUAAAACCUGUUGUUGUGAACUCACAAGAUAAUGAUGAGACAUUCAAGCCAACCACAGCAGUUGUAUCUCUGGAAAAUACAGAAUUUUCUUCCAGAAUUCUACCAGAACUGUUUGGUAGGACUCUUACUCAGCAAAGAGCCUUUGGCCUAAGCCAAGCAAGAGCGGGAAUUGUGGAACCAAGAACUGCUAGCAGUGAACAUGGAACAUAUCAACAUGAGUUGCUCAGUAAAAGCACAAAAGACCAGAUCUUACAAACCCUUAUACAGAAUAACCAAUAUCAACAGUUUAUUCCAGUGUCUCAGGCAUCACAACAAGGUAUAUGUCACAUUAACUAUCCGAUGGAUGACUGCUCAAGCAAUCAAAGGUUUUCAUUGGGUUUGCCUGGAUGUAAGCGAAAUUCAAAGCCUGCCAUGUCUGGCCAUUACCUUCUUAAUAUUUCUACUUAUGGGAGAGGCUCGGAGGCAAUUAGACGUGCUUAUCUUGGUACUAUAGAGAACCAGUUGAAACUGAACGCACCUUGCACAACUCUAAAGAAUGAAUUAAGUGAAGGUGAAGUGGUAACUAUGGAAAAUGAAGCACAGCUCACUUUAGAGACUACUAAUGAUCUGAGAACAGAUCAGUUGCAUCUCACAGCUAUCAAGAGUGAAAUACAAGAAACCCCAGGCAUUAUGCCAUAUAUGAAGUCUAGCCAUUCUCUUAACCAAACUUUUACUCCAAAAGUUAAGGUAGAGGAUACAUUUCAAGAUCAGGUAACAGAAGGUCAGGAGGAUUCAUCCUUGACACCCACUACUACUGAUGUAACAGCCAAAGAAAGCAAGCAAGUAGUCCAGUUGCAAGCAGUCCAAAGUGACAGCAAGAUAAGAAUACAAAGAAACUCUGAUCUCUAUCGACUGCCAGGUUCACUAGCAUUUCACCGGCAAAAGGGGAAGUUACAUGAUAAUCCUGCAACCUUGCUUGCUUCUACAUAUGGUGGCACAAUCAAUAUGGCCUCAUCACGUGUGCUAAACCACAGCUCAACAGGGCCUGCUCAUUCUCCAGUAUACAGCCCAGAGUCAAGCGGUGGCGGAAGUGUGAUGUCCUUUUCGGUGACUGUCACUACCAUUCCUGCCAGCCACACAUUAGACCAUGGUGACCAUGGUGAGGCAACGCCAACAUUUGGCGAAACAGCAGGAUUGGAGGACUCGCCCUCAAAAUGUUAUUGUAGACUAAAGGCCAUGAUUAUGUGUAAGGGCUGUGGUGCAUUCUGUCAUGAUGACUGCAUUGGCCCUUCUAAGCUAUGCGUUUCUUGCCUAGUAGUCCGAUGAAAACGUGAGAUGUUUUCUAACCCCACACAAUAUAAAAAGCUAAUUGUUAUCAAUCAAGAGCUGUAAAGGUUUGAAACUGCAAGCCGAGCACCUUGUUCUAAAUUUGUCUUUGUGAAUUAUGAUGCAUUUUGCACUUAGAGGAUCAAAUUCAUUAUUGCACAAUAUUUUGCUAAAAGAAAAGCAUAUUUUUUUAAAUAUGGUAACUUCUAUAACUGUUAUUUCUGCAAAAACCAAACAUAGCAUCGUUCCCUACUUUGAAAAUUAUUUUCAGCUACUAUUUGUUAAGUUAUAAAAGCUUUAAAAGUCUCAGCAGGCCUGGCUAUUUCAUGUUUUAAUACUGCUUGGCCAGUUUUUGUGUUUCCGUUUUGUAGACAACAGUGUCUUGACUGUAUAUUUUUAAAAUAUGUUUCUUCAUAAUAUAUAGUAGACUUGUAAGUGGUAAGGACAAAAAUGCAAUGAAAGAAAAUGUUUUUGUUUCUUUCCUAUUCCUAUGCACUGAUCAGUAUUUGUACUGCCAAUAAUUUAUGUAAAGCAUUUGGGAAAUAAGAGUUUAAGUACAAGUCUUAAUUACACAGCUGUACAGAUGUUUGAUUUUCUAUAGAAAAAUCUAUCAAAUAAUUUGCAUAAUUUGUUUCUUCAUAAUUGCACUUGUGCCCCUAAUUUAUAGUUUAUAGAAUUCAUUCUUUAUAAAGAGGGCUAGUGACUUUUGGAAUUAAAGUUGUAUAACUUGAUUUCUGGAUGCCUUGGGGCAGUUACAUGGUAUGGCAUUUAUAAAUGAAAUGAAUUAAAACCUUUGGCAAUCCUUUUUCUUAGACAAUCUAUCCAGUACAGGGAAACCGGAGUUGAACCUUAUCCUGCCAGCAGUAGACACAAGGUAGAUUUCAGAACUUCAGAUGGGAAAGCUGUCCAGCACAGUGCAUCCUCACAUAAAGACACAUCUGCACACCCACAAAUCUGAAAAACUUAUGUUUUUAGAUCGUCAAAGGAAACACAAAUUCACAGUGAAAUGAACAUGAGAACAACUUGAUAAACUCCACAUAGACUUGUGACUUGAAAGGAUGUGGCCUGUAGAUUAAACAGAAAUCGGUUACAUUGCGUAGCCAGAUAGAAUAUUAUGUUGAUUGUCAUUUAUUUUCAAAACCUGCUUAAUCUGGUUCAGAGUCCAUGGUGGUUAAAGCCAAUCUCAGCAGCAUAAGGGCAAAGUAUGAAUAAAAAGAGCAAGCACCAACCAAUUGCCGGGCAAGAUCACACAUACAGUAUAACCUCACUCACCUACGGUACAUCAGCACAGUCUAGAAUACCCAUGGACCCCGGUGCAGUUCUUGGCUGAGGUGUCGUCUGUGCGGGGUUUUCACAUUUUCCCAGCUGUGAUGUUAAUUACCAACUCUAAACUAGCCCAGCAUGUGUGAGUGCAGGGUGUUUUUGAGAAUGCACUAUGAUGGAUUAAUAACCUGUUUAAGGUUGUUUCCUGUCGUUUGUUGCUAGAAAAAUCUUUAUUAAACUAUGACCUGUAAGAUACAGGGGCCAUACAAAUGUCUGGAAAAGCAAAAAUGACUUUUAACGUUUGGAGAGUUUUCCCAUUUCUCAGUUGCACAGAAUAGCUAAGAGUUAAUAACUUAAAACAGCUACUACUUUCAAGUGCUGUAAAUUUUUAUAUAAUGAAUUUCACCCUUGUCAUAAGUUUCAAAAUUUGAAGUUGAUAAUUAGCCUUUGCUAUUAUGCUGUAUAGGUGGCUUUAAGUAUAUUCUUUUGUGCUUGAAGACGACAUAUCAUCUGUAGACCCCCAUGAACAUCAUAAACACCUACUCAAAAGUGAUGAGCAGGGACUUACCACUAAAAGCUUUUGUUGAAAUCCUAUACUUAGAUAUAAAAACCUUGAUGUAUACUUUGUUGUUAGCAUUAAAAUAUCCAGUAGGCUACGUAUGCUGCUGUUCACUUCUGUAUUUUGUUUGACAGCUUUACUUAUUUUUGAGUUUGAAUUUUCUUUUAUGUGUUCUGUGUGUGUACAUACAUAAAAGGAGAUAUGUAUAUAUAAUGUAUAUG